GAAGGGAGGUAUGGCGGAAGGAGACAAAAUAAUAAAACUAAAACCCUGCCGGCUGUACAUUGUUUUCCCCUCCCAGCCCUCAGAGAGAAACCGAGGCGGCCGGUCUGCGCUGCUCGCCGUUAAAAACCCGCCGCGCGUCGGACGGGAAACGCGGCCGUAUUGAGGUCAGAGGAAAGCGUUGCCAGGGUGACACCGCGGCGGCGGGAGCGCGCCGCUCGUUCGCGGGAGCCGGAGCGGUCGCGGCAUCCUCAGCGACAGCAGAAGAAGCAGCAGCAGCAGCAGCAGCAGCAGCAUCCUACAGCAACCGGAGCGCCGGGAAACUGAUUGUCCGCCGGGAUGAGCUCCGACAAGCCGACGCCUUCCGCCGGAUCUCCGCUCUGAAGGGAAACUACCGUGGAUUUACCGCCCGUGACUGAAAACAGGGAGCUACAGCCGCAGACAGGCAGCUGAGACCGCCGCUCAGCCCAGGUGAUACUUCCCACAGAGGCAGGAAUUAUAAAUAUUACUAUGACUAAUCAGGAGUUUUGCCGCUAAAUAUGCUUCCUGAUUAGUUUAAAGAUAAAUUCCACCGCGGAUCCACUGAGGAGCGAGUCGAUCUGUAGAGACCCUUUAAUUUCUGUUUUUACCGUGGGGUCCCACCUGCAGCUGGAUUGAGAAAGGAAGAGCAGCCUAGAUGUUGCAUUUUUAGUUUACCUCCAGUUUUUUAAAAAAAUUAUUAUUAUUUUGGAUGAGGCACUUUUUUGGCUGUUUGACUUUUUUUUUUUUGGUGGAAAAGGAAGACCUGCAGCAGUGGCUCACAGAUUAACAGGUUCCCAUAGUGACGGCAAAACCGGAGAAAACAAAUCUGGAGGUCAACUCAUUCAAGAAUAUCUGGAGAAGCCGGCACGCAAAACAACUUUAAAGAGUCCUUCAUCAAUCCAAUUAUCUGGACAACGGGAGAAGGACAGGCAUGGAACGCAACAGAACCAUGCCUGGAGAAGUGUUUUGGAUCGCCUCUAAUCAGUUUCACCACUGACCUGGAUCUCAUACCGAGGGCCAGACCAACGUCUUACCUUCUGCCUGGCGCUGAUUGAAGAGUCCGUCUGAUUUUGGUGUUUUAUCUUGUUAUGGUUUACCCUCUUCACCGCUGGACCGAACUGACAGAACAGACUAGAAGCAUGUGGCUGAGCUCUUUGACUCCAGCCAUGAACAACCUUCCACUAACUCUGAGUAAACAGAGUCGGCGGGGUUUGUUGUCCAGGACCAGACCCUUCAGGUUCGUGACAGACUGCUGCCUCAUGACGGUGCUGAGCCUCGUCUUGUUUUUCAGUCUGGCUUCUUGCCAGAGAAUGGACCCUUCGAAGCAUCCCAUAGUCAGCACCAACUACGGCAAGCUGAGAGGCGUCAAGAAGGACCUGAACAAUGAGAUUUUAGGCCCGGUGGAGCAGUACCUCGGAGUUCCCUACGCCACGGCGCCCAUCGGAGACCGACGGUUUCAGCCGCCGGAGGCGCCGGGGUCCUGGCAGGAGAUCCGCAACGCCACCCAGUUUGCCCCAGUUUGCCCUCAGAACGUCCACGGGGUUCUGCCGGAGAUUAUGCUUCCGGUUUGGUUCACGGAUAACCUGGACGUGGCGGCGGGAUACAUCCAGAACCAGAGCGAGGAUUGCCUCUACCUCAACAUCUACGUGCCCACAGAGGACGGUCCGCUCACAAAAAAAACUGAUGAAUCUUCAAUGAACAAGCCUCGAGACGAAGAUAUCCGCGAUCGCAGGAAGAAGCCCGUCAUGCUGUUCAUUCACGGCGGCUCGUACAUGGAGGGCACCGGGAACAUGUUUGACGCCAGCGUCCUCGCCGCCUACGGCAACGUGAUCGUGGUGACCAUGAACUACCGACUGGGCGUGCUCGGUUUCCUCAGCACCGGCGAUCAGUCCGCUAAGGGGAACUACGGCCUGCUGGACCAGAUUCAGGCUCUGCGCUGGCUCAACGAAAACAUCGGCCAUUUUGGCGGCGACCCCGAGAGGAUCACCAUCUUUGGAUCUGGAGCAGGGGCCUCCUGCGUUAACCUGCUCAUCCUGUCUCACCACUCUGAGGGUCUGUUCCAUAGGGCCAUUGCUCAGAGCGGCACGGCCAUCUCCAGCUGGUCCGUCAACUACCAGCCCCUGAAAUACACCAAGAACCUGGCCAGGAAGGUGGGCUGCACCUACUCAGAGACCGCCGACCUGGUGGACUGCCUGAGGAGGAAGACCUUCAGGGAGCUGGUGGACCAGGACAUCCAGCCUGCCCGCUACCACAUCGCCUUUGGCCCCGUGGUGGACGGAGACGUGGUGCCGGACGAUCCGGAGAUCCUCAUGCAGCAGGGGGAGUUCCUCAACUAUGACAUCCUCAUAGGUGUGAACCAGGGAGAAGGACUGAAAUUUGUGGACGACAGCGAGGACAACGAUGGCAUCUCUGCUGCAGCGUUCGACUACACAAUCUCUAACUUUGUGGACAACCUCUACGGAUAUCCUGAAGGCAAAGACAUCCUGAGAGAAACCAUAAAGUUCAUGUACACAGACUGGGCAGACAGGGACAAUGGUGACAUGAGAAGAAAGACUCUCCUAGCUUUGUUCACAGACCACCAGUGGGUGGCGCCAGCUGUGGCCACUGCCAAACUUCACGCCGAGUUCCAGUCACCUGUUUAUUUCUACACAUUUUACCACCACUGCCAGACAGAGACGCGACCCGAAUGGGCUGAUGCCGCACACGGAGAUGAGAUCCCGUACGUGUUUGGCGUGCCGAUGAUCGGCGCCACAGACCUGUUCCCGUGCAACUUCUCGAAGAAUGACGUGAUGCUGAGUGCUGUGGUCAUGACUUACUGGACUAAUUUUGCCAAAACUGGCGACCCCAACCUCCCCGUCCCUCAGGACACUAAGUUCAUUCACACCAAACCCAAUCGCUUUGAAGAGGUCAUCUGGACAAAGUUCAACCCAAAGGACAAGCAGUAUCUCCAUAUCGGCUUAAAACCUCGAGUUAGGGACAACUACAGGGCGAACAAGGUGGCUUUCUGGCUAGAACUUGUCCCCCAUCUUCAUAGCCUACAUGAGAUCUUCCCAACUACAACCCGAUCACCAUCUGGCCCUGGUCCAGGCCCGGACACCUAUAGACCCAGGCCAAGGACUCCAGGUCCUCGAACCACUCCCCACCCUUACUCAACCUUCACCUCUGAUCCUGAAACCGAGGGCUCGGACCGUCCAAUCCAGGACCUCUUUCCUGGAGACACCCGUGACUACUCCACUGAGCUGAGUGUCACGGUUGCUGUGGGAGCCUCUCUUCUGUUCCUCAACAUCCUGGCAUUCGCAGCCCUUUACUACAAACGCGACAAACGGCACGAGAUGCGACGGCACCGACUGUCUCCUCAGCGCGGCGUACCCGCCAAUGACCUCGCUCACAGCCAGGAGGAGGAAAUCAUGUCCCUGCAGAUGAAGCACUCGGAGCACGACGCUCACCACGACCUGGAGCCCCUUCGACCACAUGACAUCCUGCGACCCGCCUGCCCGCCCGACUACACGCUGGCGCUGCGCCGGGCUCCGGACGAUGUGCCGUUGAUGACGCCCAACACCAUCACUAUGAUCCCAAGCACCAUCACCAGCAUGCAGCCUCUUCAUGCCUUCAACACCUUCCCCUCCACCGGCCACAACAACACCCUGCCACACCCCCACUCCACCACAAGGGUAUAGUAGGGACUGGCCCACCCAGCACCACCUAAAGACAGGGAGUACUGGAUCUCCUACUGAUCUAGAAGGGAGGCCUGUGGUUGAGGGCCUUCAUUCUGUUCUUACAUUCUCUUGUUUCUCAAAAAGGAACUCCACCUCCUCCAUCAUGUGCUGUACAGCUUAGCAGGAGACAUAAUGAACUAAAAUGAACUGCGUUGGAGCAGAUGAUCAGCUCGGAGGUGACGUCGAUCUUUCAGACAUACCUUUUCCCAGGAGGGUGCACAGUUUCCAGUCUAAAGAAAUUUUCAAAGGGACAAACGCUUUUGGACCUUUGAUGUUCUCUCUUUUUUACUUUGGUGUCAGCUUUUACUGUCUUCUAGAGUGUUGUGUGAAGUUUCUUAUUUGUUUCUUUUCUACAUCUGUGUCUUACUUACAGCUCAUUUGACUUCUCCCCUCCUUAGGGUGCUUCUUUGCUUUAAGGAGCAACAACGUACUGAGAUGUCAGAAGUAACGUUGUUUCAGUCUACCAUUACGGUUCGUGCCAAAUGUGUUUUUGCUUUCUGAUCAAGGUUGAAAUGAAUUUUAAUCCCUGGCUGAUAACACGGGCUGUAUGUUCUCAUGACCAAGUGCCAAACUGGCCUUUGAUUGUGGUUUUCUUUCAUUCAUCUUGUUUAUUUUUGUUGUUGUUCAAGUGUUUUAAUGUGGAAAGAUUUUUGCUGACAAUAUAGUUAUAGAGAAAUGAUAUUAUAUAUAGUUCUAUAUAAAUGUGUACAAAGGAGAAAGAAUAUAAAGGGGGUUUUCUCAAUGGGGAUCUAUGCAUGAAUUAUUUUUCAAGAAAGGCAACAUGGAAAAAGGAUGAAGAAUCUGUCACCGCACGUUUUCCCAAUUCUGAGUCCAAAUUAAAUAUUUCUCAGCUCAUAUAAUUCUCCCACAAAUUCAUUAAAAUAGGAAAUUGCCACCAAUCACAGAUAAUCCACCAGUUAAAGCAACAAAGCUCAUCACACCUUUUUAUUAAAUAAAUUAGACAUUAGUUCAACAUGAGACGAUGCAUUCCAACAUUACCUGCUUUCUGUCAGUUCUUUGGGUUCCCAAAUAUAUUUUACUUUUAACAGAAAGAGAUGUUUUGUCAUUGAUUAUACAUUCAGUUGAUCAGUGCCUAUGAAGUGGACGUAUUAAAUUACACAGAUUAUAUCAGAACCACUUUUCAGCCAACUAUAGGAGACAGAUAGGCAAGCUAACUCAUCUCACCUGGUUAUCUUCCAUAUCUCCACCCAUUUUCUAAAUAUUUUUGACAACCACAUUUUCCUAUCAGUAAUCUCCACUGAUUAUCCGGUGUAGCUUCAAGCACACUGAGGGUACCUGGAGGGUUUUAACAGCCUGCAGUGCAGAGCUGCAGAUGAUGAAGGAGUUUCUCAACAGGGUAAAGGUAACACAGUAGAUGUCUGUUGUUUCUAAUUGUUCUCCUUCUGUUAGUUUAGGAAUAUAUCAUUUUACAGCUCUGCUUUUCAAGAUGAAGAUGUCAAACAUGCAUUAUGGGUCCGUUAGCAGAGCAGGAACACGUGGUAGCUAACAUGGCUGACAGGAGUCACCGUUGCUGUCUUUGAACAUGCGCUAGCUUUAGCUUGUUUUUAUUUUUCAUUUUCUUACUGAUUGGUGGUUGGGGAGGGCUGGAAACUGGUUAAUAGGCCAAGCAGCUGCUCCAGGCUGAGAUUUUAUAAACUACUGAACGGGAAAUGUGCACAAUGCAAAUCACAUGAGUGGACAAAGUCUGCAGAUCAGGACCCAAGAAGAUAAACGGACAUGCUGUGGCCAAGAGGAGGAUGAAGAAAAACUCGCACAGCCUUAAAUGUUGAAAUUUGAACCAGAAGAGAAAACAAGCUGAUCAAAAGAAGAUUAAAAACAUUCAAAGACUCUUUCUGUCUGAAUUAUUAGCCAGGGGGACGACCUGCUAAUCUGUCAAAAUAUGAAUUCUUUUGUACUCACUCCUGUGGACAAAGGAGGCGGUAACAGGUUGUGAAGACGAUCCGAUCACAGCAGCUGGGAAGAAAACAUUAGUCCUGGAUGUGGUGGUUUGUUUUAUAUGUUAGCACUAGAGGGCGCCAUUGUGGCAGAUUUCAUUCAGUCCAGAGGAACUGAAGACAAACAGUCCUGGUGGGAGGAUCGAUGGAGAUACACAACAUCUGGAUCAGGAUCAAAACUGUACAUUUUUAAGUGUAAGAAUCAAACAGAUGAAAUAUUUGUAAAUAUUAAGUUUCUUGUUUUGUUUUGUUUUCGUUUUUUGGGGGGGGGGGGGUGGAUGAAUGAUAUGCUUAUUUGGUGACAACAAAAGACAACAGGUGCAGUUUGCAAUGAAAACAAAUCAGAGCAAGGAAAUGAGUAUUCACUCAUAAUCAACAGGAAAAGAUUUAGUUUUUAAACUUUUGACAGACCAUCGUCAUGUAGAUAUGCUGUAGCAUCAUGAUUCAACCUGAAUCAGGAAAGUUUCUGUAGCAGAAUUUUACUAAAAGCCUCACACAACAAAAACCCCAAAAUCCUGAAAACAUGACAAAAUAGUCCAAGUCUGAAUUAUCUGCAUGGGAUUUUUUUUCUUUAUUUAUGAAACUUUUCAUUGUUAAAUAUUCUUUUCAUAACCACGUAACCAUUUUAACUACUGAAUUACUACAACUUUAAAGUCAAACAGCGCCUAUAAAUUUAACCUUUUUUCACUAAUUUGAUCCCAUUUCAAACAGUCCUAUAGCAACAAAUUCACUUUAUGAAAUAUAAUAUUGUCAUGUAGCGGUGUUUCAUGUAGCUGCUUAUUUAUGUGUGGGAAACAUGUUAGGGCUUUAACACCAUCUGAUGCCUCAUGAGAUCACAGAGGUGGUCCAACCUUUUGAUUUGUGUUGGUUUGUUCUAGUUAAAGUUCCUCCUGCAGUGAAGUAAUGCAGCAGAAAGGUUGAUGAGAAAAUGGACAUUGUAUCAGAUUGGAUCUUAUAUCAGUUCAGAUGGGCAUCAAAUCAAAUCAAAUCAUUCAACAAAUAUUCAAGUGAUUCAAACUGGGUCUCCAUAAAUAAUCUGCACCUGUUGUCUUGCAUUUUAUAUUAUAUGUUGAAUUCAGAAACCCAAGACUUGAGAUGAACAAAUCUGUUAAAUAAUGGAAAAUAAAAAAAGAUUAAAAAAGGAAAGUGAAAUCAUAUAAAUAAAUGAGGUGAUGAUAUUUCUGUUACUUUAGAAGUUAUUAUACACUGUAUGCUGUGAUUCUGAUCUGGGAACAUUAAAGACAUUCAUAGCCAGA